GGCGGCGCGAAGGACGAGAAAUGGGGUACACGCCGUGGCUCAAGCAGGAACUCCUCGAGCGCUGCCUGGAGCGCGUCGUCAAGGACGCGCUAAAGAAGGCCGACUUGACUCACGUGCACUUGACCAACGAGCGCGUCACAGUUGUCGCGGAGGACUUUAUCACUCAGCUCACGACAGCAACAGCAUACAUCACAGACGUCACGGAAGGACGGCAACAGUUCGUUGUGCGAGCUUGUGACGUCGUCCGCGGCGCACAUGCAAUUGGUGUCAAGCUGUAUGGGUACGACGAUGCCUCGGACGAAUCAAGGCUAGCUCUGCUGCAUGGCGAAACCGCUCCAUCCCAAACCGUGGUGGAGUCUGAGCCACGAACGCUGCACAGUGCGGACGACGAUAUUGUUGAUGUUGGUUCACUUGAAUCAUCAGAAGCGGACACCUCCGAAAGUGACGACGCCAGUGCUUCGGACGACGACGAUGUCAUUUCGCUAGGGGAUGGUGAGUUCUCCGACUGUGACGCACCUGACGAAGUCCACCCCGGCAAGAUCAACGAAGACAAUCCUUAUGCCCUCCCUCGUCGGGUCAUGUUGCGGCUCUUUCGCGACAUUUGCUCUCAAGUGAAGUUGGAAGUGAUGCCGAUCACGCGAAAGGCGCUCAGCGCCUACCACAACAUGGCCGAAGCCCUCUUGUUUCCGCUCGUUGCGUCAUGCUUACAAGAGCUUUCGUCGCAGCCUCCCCUCGUGUCUUUGUCGUCACCGUCCAUAAGUACCACCCCCACGUUAAACCGAAGGUCCGGUGGUAAGAAGCGCUUGAGCGGCGAUGUCUUUCCGCCGAUGGCCGCAGCUUCUCAGAAACGAAAGUCGCCACGGCUGGCUCACAAGUCCAUGCGUGUACACUUGACUUUCCAAGAUGAAACCAAGUCCCCCAUGACGAAGUCCGCAACGAAACAACUCACGGCUAGAUCGACGCCACCUGCAUCCCACAGGCGCACGGCCGCCGCAUGAAGUGCGAGCUUCCCAAGGAUAGCAAGCACCCAACUCAAACAACACAGACCUACACGGCAGCCGAGGCAUGAAGGAAUCACAGGACGGUCAUGGGCACCUCGUCUUCUCGUACGAUAAACUAACUGCAUCGCUGCUUGUCGCCCUGCUAUGCACUCCCGUCAUGGCAACCCCGUUGAGUUUCCAGUCCCACGGC